AUGUGCUUUGCUAUCCGAUAUCCCAUGGAAAAAGAGAUCCUGGAGAAGCUGCAUGAAAACAUCACACUAAACCAGGCCAAAAACUACGAGAUACUCAAGAAUCAGCAUGAAUACUUGGCCCAGUGGCACCAGCAGGAGAUGCAUACUUUUGAUCACUUGAAAAGGUCGCAGCGUGAGCUCUGGUACCAGAUGCAAGCCAUACAGCAAGUCCAUCUCCAAACUGCAAACCAGGUUCAAAUGAUAUUCGACACGCUGAAGCUGCUGCAAAACUCGACAGAGCUGGCAGUGAACAAAUACAACAGCAUACUCCAGAUCCACACACAAGAGUUGCAGUCUCAAUUGAAUGAGAUCACCAUGCGACACGCCAUAGAGAUCGAUCAGUUGGUGGACAGAGUGCUUGGUGAUUUUUCACAGGUGGAAAAGGGUCUCUCUCGCAUGAUGACGGCGCAGCGCAAGGUGGUUCAAGACUGGGAAGAGACCAAGAUGAUUCAGCAAGAAUACCUGGAUGUAUGGCGAGACUCCAUUGAGCAAGUCAACAGUAGGCUGACUGAAGUAAUGAAUCACUCAAUGCAGCAUAUAAUCAGCAUCAAGCAAGACAUCUCCAUUAUACAAGAUCAAAUAGCUUGGCUCACUGUACCGUUCAAAAGGCUACAUGCAUCCGUCGCCUGUGUGUACGGUGAAAUUCGACAUUAUGCUCUCCAAUUCCUGAUGCAUGCGCUCGUCUUCAACUAUGUGAUGAAUGCAAAAACAGGAGGCUUGAUCAAGAAACUGGGAUCUGCAUCCAUGGCUACGUUCGGUAUGUUUCAUCGCUAA